AUGUCGUCACUUCUACCGCCUUCCACCCCAGGACACAUCCAUGAAGCACUCGUCUCCGUCUUGUUCGGGUCUUCUCUCCCCCCUUCUCGUAACCGCCAUUACAGCCCUUCGUCAGAUCUCCGCAAUCGGAUAACUCACUUUGAAGAAUUCUCGCAACGCCUGGUAGAGAAGUCCCCCUCCGAACGUAAGGUGUUGGACAAGCUAGACGUCUGGAUGCAAGUGUGCCAGCAAGGCCAAUGGAGUAGGUCGUUUGAGGGCUACUCCAACACCGCCCGUGCCCUGAGUGCUCAGAUGGGAGAGAAUAACCAAGCGGAAGUUGCACAGGCCUGGAUAUAUGGGCUAGAUGACCAAUCUGUCAUUCCGGCUAUCAGAGUGAUGAUGGCCACGUGGAAAGAGGUCACUGUGCCCGAAACCAUUACACUGAUUUGUCAGACAUUGGGCAACGUCGUCGAAUCCCCAACGAUAUAUAAGACCCUGGAAUGUUGGGAUAUGAGUCUCAGUAUGUCCAAUUCUUGGAGGCUACGCGGAAUGCUUCCUAUAAUGCAGCCAGUUGAUGUGGACCACUUGGCCUCAUAG